AUGAGCGACAAAGCCUCGUCCCCGAAGAAGUCACCAAAGUCUCCUUCAUCAGGAGCAAGUGAGGAUGAGCAGGAUGAAGAUGCCGACUCUUCACUGGGUGUCGAUACAGAGUCGUCGACAGCUUCGAUGACAUCGAGUAUUCUGAACUAUAGAACUAUCAAGGGACGAACUUAUCAUUCCGAGAGAGGAAAUGCAGAAUAUUGGGCCUCAAAUGAUGCUCAACAGAAUGAGGCGAUGGACAUUAUCCACCAUUUUUUGGUUCUCACACUAGAUGGCAAACUUCACUUGGCACCGUUGAAGGACGAUAUCAAAUCUGUCCUGGAUGUAGGCACUGGAACAGGAAUCUGGGCAAUUGAUUUUGCCGAUGAGCAUCCCCAAGCCGAAGUGAUCGGCACUGACAUAUCUCCCAUCCAACCAAGCUGGGUUCCUCCCAACGUCAAGUUUGAGAUCGAAGACUGCACUCAACCAUGGACCUUCUCCCCCGACUCAUUCGACUUUAUCUACAUGAGAUACCUCUACGGCUCUAUCAGUGACUGGUCAGCUUUGUUCCAAGAGGCCUUUAGAUCGUGUAAGCCGGGGGGUUGGGUUGAGAGCUUUGAAGCGUCAGCUAUGCUCGAGAGUGAUGAUGAUACUGUUAAGGAGGGUAGUGCGAUGAGUGAAUGGGGCAAGUUCUUUAUUGAAGGUGGAAAGAGACUUGGUAGAACUUUUACCAUUCUGGAUGAUGACUUGCAGAAGAAGGGCAUGGAAGACGCAGGGUUCACUGAUAUUCAGAUUCGGAACUUCAAGGCAAGUAAUUGCCCAGGACUAUCCAGUUCACUUCCCAUCGGUAGCUGGCCCAAAGAUCCCAAGAUGCAAGAAAUUGGAACCUUUGCGUUUGCUGCCAUGGAUCAAGAUCUGGAGGGCUUCGUCUUGUAUAUGGCGAGUGUCGUGUUGGGAUGGUCGCAGGAUGAAGUCACGGUUUAUUGCUCGCAGCUUCGAAGGGAGUUGAGAUCGGGCAAGUAUCAUCCAUACUGUCGGCUGAGGCUUGUCUACGGGAGGAAGCCGGAGUAA